AUGCCUGAGGUGGAGUUUAAGAACAUAAUCUGCACUUCCCUGGAUAAGACAUUUUCUGAUUUUGAAUAUUGUUUUCUGAAAUCGAUAAACAGAACUUACAAAUACUUUUCCCUAAAAGUCAAUCUCUUCAAAGUUCCAAUCACCAAAGUUAAGAUCAACUUGGGACUGUACAAGCGAUUAAAUGGGUAUAAGCCCUUCCUCUACAAUGUGACAUUGGACGCCUGUAAAUUUCUCAAAAAUAAAAAAUCCCAACCUGUGGCUCUAUAUUUUUAUGAGUUCUUCAGGAGUUUCUCCAACAUGAAUCAUUCGUGUCCUUACGACCACGAUCUGGUUUUGGAAAAAUUAUCAACAGAAAUAUUUUAUCAUCGAUUCACAAAAAUUCUUCCUUUUCCGGAUGGAGACUACAUGUUUCAAAUGUACUGGUUCGCCUACGAUAUAAAUAGGGCAGUGUUUCAGAUAUAUUUUACAAAGGAAGGAUAA